AAACCCUAGCAAGCAAGCAACCUCUCUUUUCUCCAAUCUUUCUCUCUACGGCUGCUGCCUCCUCUGUGUUUCCGCUUCAAUUUCAGGGUAAAGUUUCUGUUUCUGUGAGAACAAACGGGCCGGAAUCGAAGGAAGUAGGAUGGGGAAAGCAUCUCAUAAGAACAAAACAUCGAUGAAAUCGAAGCAGAAGCUACAGAUUCAUGACUGUAACAAGUAUUUGAAGCCGGGUGCUCUUGCUCAGCUUUGUAAUAGCAAAGCAUCAGCAUUGGUAUCCAUGUCGUGUUUGGACCUUGGGAAGAAAAGGGUUGCGGUUUUGGAUGCUGAAGAAGCUGGGUGUAAUCUUUUGUGUCAGAACAAGUCUGGUGAUGAUAGUCCGAUAAUAUCAUCUCCUGAACGAUUAAGGGUUGGAUACGCGGAUGAACCUGUUGAUUCGCUGAAAGAGAAUAGCUUACAGAGAACACCGCGCCCUGAUGAAGGGAAGGCGGAUUAUGAAUCAAGGCUUGAGUCUCUUCCAAUGGAAAUGCUGGUCAAAAUACUUUGUCACCUGCACCAUGACCAACUUAGAGCCGUUUUCCAUGUUUCAGAGAGGAUCAGGACGGCUGUUAUUAUAGCGCGUAAGUUUCAUUUUAACUACACUACCCCCGAUAGAUCUCGACAAGAAAUGCUGAAUAUGAUGACCCCACUCCCUACACAACACUGGCCUUUUGUGAGUAAGGAAGAUGAGAAAAAGAAAGCACUGACGUUACCAAGAACUCCGAAAGCACCUAGGCAUGGGGCCCGCCCUCCUUCACGUUACAAACUGAUCGAGAUGCGACAAGUGGCGGCUGUUUUGUUCCAGGAAUCAUCGUUUUCUCCAAAGUACAUUGUUCCAUCUGUACUCCCAAAACCAAUAUGCAAAGCGAUUCCUUCCAACAGAGUGUUGUUUGAUGAGGAACUCGAGCUUUGUCAAGCCGUUGCUCAGAAUAAACUUCGUUAGUAACUUAGUAUCAGGCUGUUGCUCAGAACAAACUUCGUUAGUAUUUGAAUAUACUUUAUUUAUAUGCAUGUACAGUAGCCAUUUGUUUUCCGCCUUUUUGUUAUUUAGGUUCUUACAAUUUUCACAUGGUGGAUUUUGUUGGAUGGCGCUGUGGUUUGUGCUAGUACGAUAGAUCGGUUGUGAAGCGAAUAAUGUUCUAGUCUUUUGGUUUUUAGUUGUUGUGAAGACAUGUUAUCUAUC